GUUAAACUAUCCAUGUCCCAAUAACUAUAACCCAGCAGAUUACUGUAUAUUAUUAUUCAGGUUAAACUAUCCAUGUCCCAAUAACUAUAACCCAGCAGAUUACUAUAUAUUAACAUUAGCUAUUGUACCAGGCCAGGAGAAAGAAUGUAAACAGAAAGUCGCUGCUAUCAGUGAUGCGUUUGACACUAGCGUUCAAUAUAAUCAGAUAAAGAAAGAUAUGGAUGAAAUUAAUUCUGCAAAUCUACAUGAAGAAAAUAUGAUUCUAAUGCAGGAUGCUUUUGCAAAUGAAUCAAGGUAUACAGCCUCAUGGUUUCAACAGUUCCGGGCAGUAUUCUGGAGAAGUUGGAUCAGUAUUUUAAGAGAUGUAUUUUUAUUCCGUGUUCGUGUUGCUCAAACAAUGAUAGUUGGUGUUAUACUUGGUUUAAUUUACCUCCAACAAGACUAUAAUCAAACAGGAGUAAUGAAUAUAAAUGGAGCAAUGUUUUUAUUUAUCACUAACAUGUCUUUUACUAGUAUGUUCGCAGUCGUCAAUACAUUUCCAAUAGAAGUAGCUAUAUUUCUACGAGAAUAUGGGAGUGGCUUAUACAGAGUUGAUAUAUAUUAUAUUUGUAAAUCUCUGGCAGAGCUUCCUAGUUUCAUUUUAUUACCUGUUUUAUUUUCUGCUGUGGUCUACUGGAUGGUUGGUUUAUAUAGCAGUGCCGAAGCGUUUUUAAUCUGUACUGGAUAUUUGAUAUUGGUAGCUCUUACAGCGAUGUCUUUUGGUUAUUUAAUAUCUACGUUAACGAAGUCAGUGAAUGUGGCUCUGGCCAUAGCUCCUCCUAUUUUAAUACCAUUUAUGUUAUUUGGUGGUUUCUUCCUCAAUAACUCAUCUGUUCCUGACUAUUUUAUUUGGUUAGAAUAUAUUUCAUGGUUUAAAUAUGCAAAUGAGAUGAUUUCCGUCAACCAAUGGAAACGAGUAGGCAAAAUAGACUGUCCAAUACCAUCCAACAGUAGCAUGCCCAUUAAUGGAACCGAUCCAAAUUCAGGCUGUUUGUUUCCUGAUGGAGCAAGUGUUUUACAAUAUUUAAAUUUUUCAGAUGACCAUUUUGUGAAAGAUAUUUCAUGGCUGGUUGGAUUGUUGGUUGCUUUUAGAUUAUUAUCAUUUUUAUUAUUAUUAUUUCGUGCUCGUAGAUCAUCCGCUUAA